CGACGUCAAACCGCCGCUGUGUUGCUAUGAGGCGCGCGGAGGCGGCCAUGUUGGCCAUGUUCGUGUCAAUGGGAAAGUAAAGAAGCGACCGGGUUCGUUUACGGUCCGAUACUCGAGCCGAGCCUCCCAAAGCGAGUCUCUGGCCGAGCUCCGUUGCAGAGUCAGAUUUACUGACAUUAUCAUCCGAAUUCAUACCAACAUCUGAGCUGCGUGUCAUCGUGAACCCGGGUUAGCCGAGCUUCCUCAGCCGAAGGCAUGGCUCGCUAUACGCGGCUCUAGUUCUACCUUAUAAUGCCUUUUGCCCGGCCACUGCAUUCCUGGCACAAAAUGGAGGUGCACAGCUUUAGCGGCGAGAUCAACGGGCAUCAGGUCGGAGAUGAGCCGAUGGAAGAGGGAGAAUCGUGCACACACUGUGAUGAAGGGUCGUACAAGGAGAUCCCCAUCACUCAUCACGUAAAGGAGGGCUGUGAAAAGGCUGACCCUUCUCAGUUUGAGCUGCUCAAAGUACUGGGCCAGGGAUCGUUCGGAAAGGUGUUCUUGGUGAGGAAGAUAAUGGGCCCAGAUGCUGGUCAGCUGUACGCAAUGAAAGUGCUCAAAAAGGCAUCGUUAAAAGUGAGGGACAGGGUUCGCACAAAGAUGGAACGAGAUAUUCUGGUUGAAGUGAACCAUCCCUUCAUUGUGAAGUUGCACUAUGGUAAGAUAAGCAUGCUUUUUUUUUUGGUUUUUUUUUGGUCGUUUUGUUUGCUAAAUGUGGCGUGUUCGCCUGCCAGGUCACAUCCUGCACCUGGCUUCACUUGUUUAACUUGGUGCUCUGUUUGGGUUCCGCAUACAGCAGAAGUGCCUGGUGGAAUACGAGCGGCUUUGUGCAAGUCUGAUAAGGUUUUUAUUUAUUUAUUUAUUUAUUUAUUUAUUUAUGUGUUUAUUUUUUUUUUUUUUCCGCUCACAGCCUUUCAGACAGAAGGGAAGCUGUAUUUAAUUUUGGAUUUUCUCAGGGGUGGAGAUGUAUUUACUCGCUUAUCCAAAGAGGUUAUGUUUACAGAGGAGGAUGUGAAAUUCUACCUUGCAGAGCUGGCCCUUGCAUUGGAUCACCUUCACAACCUAGGCAUUGUGUACAGAGACCUGAAGCCUGAAAACAUUUUGCUUGAUGAAGCUGGACAUAUCAAGCUAACAGACUUCGGGCUCAGUAAAGAAUCAGUAGACCAUGAUAGGAAAGCGUACUCUUUUUGUGGCACUGUGGAAUAUAUGGCCCCUGAGGUGGUCAACAGGAGAGGACACACGCAGAGUGCUGACUGGUGGUCUCUUGGGGUUCUAAUGUUUGAAAUGCUGACCGGGACGUUACCAUUUCAAGGGAAAGACCGGAACGAGACGAUGAACAUGAUCCUUAAAGCUAAAUUGGGAAUGCCACAGUUUUUAAGUUUGGAAGCGCAGAGUCUUUUAAGAAUGCUGUUCAAAAGAAACCCAGCAAAUCGUUUAGGCGCCGGUCCAGAUGGCGUAGAGGAGAUAAAACGACACACCUUUUUCUCGACCAUAGACUGGAACAAACUGUACCGGUGCGAACUUCAGCCUCCUUUCAAACCAGCAGCAGGAAACCCAGACGACACGUUCUGCUUUGACCCGGAGUUCACAGCAAAAACCCCAAAGGACUCUCCAGGCAUUCCUCCGAGUGCAAACGCACACCAGCUCUUCAAAGGCUUCAGCUUUGUCGCGCCGGUCUCCCUGGAGGAGAGCAAGAGCUCCCCUCUAGUUAACAUCCUCCCCAUCGUUCAGAUGCAUAGCGGCAUGUCGCAGUUCUCCGACGUAUAUGAGCUGAAAGAGGACAUCGGCGUGGGCUCAUACUCCAUAUGCAAGCGCUGCAUCCACAGAGUCACGACUAUGGAGUUCGCAGUGAAGAUUAUAGACAAAAGUAAACGAGACCCUUCAGAGGAAAUCGAAAUUCUCAUGCGGUACGGCCAGCACCCAAAUAUCAUCACGUUGAAGGACGUGUAUGACGAGGGGCGAUUUGUAUAUCUGGUAACGGAGCUAAUGAAAGGAGGAGAGCUGUUGGAUAAGAUUCUCAGGCAGAAGUUCUUCUCGGAGCGAGAAGCGAGCGCUGUGCUUUACACCAUCACCAAAACGGUGGACUACUUGCACUGCCAAGGGGUGGUUCAUAGGGACCUGAAGCCCAGUAACAUUCUGUACAUGGACGAUUCGGGGAACCCCGACUCCAUCCGAAUCUGCGACUUCGGCUUCGCCAAGCAGUUGAGGGGGGAUAACGGCCUCCUGCUCACACCGUGUUACACUGCAAACUUCGUAGCGCCUGAGGUGUUGAUGCGUCAGGGUUAUGAUGCAGCCUGUGACAUCUGGAGUCUCGGGGUUCUUCUUUAUACCAUGUUAGCUGGGUACACGCCCUUUGCUAACGGCCCCAAUGACACCCCAGAGGAGAUUCUGUUGCGCAUCGGCAGUGGCAAGUUCUCUCUCAGUGGAGGAAACUGGGAUACCGUCUCUGACUCCUCAAAGGAUCUUUUGUCUCACAUGCUUCACGUGGACCCUCAUCAGCGGUAUUCGGCCGAGCAGGUACUGAAACACUCGUGGAUCGCCUGCCGGGACCAGCUGCCCCAUUUCCAGCUCACCCGACACGAUGCACCUCAUCUAGUUAAGGGAGCCAUGGCCGCCACAUACUCCGCAUUGAAUCAUAAGACAUGCCAGCCAGUCCUGGAACCUGUGGCAGCUUCUAGUUUAGCCCAGCGCAGAAGCAUGAAGAAGUUAACUUCCACUGACAUGUUGUGAACAGAAGAAUCUUCACAUCACUGUGUUCUCUCCUCCCCAUGUUGUCUUUUUAUUCGUUUGCUCCUGUCCCCGCUGUCUGGCGUUAUUCCUCCGCUCCUGCACAGUGUCUAAUGUCUAACUUUUUACAUCAGGAAGGCUGUUUAGCAAGGUAUAGACUGAGAGACUGCCCUGCAGUGCUGCUGUGUGUUUUUUCUCUCCCAUUUUUCUCUUUUUUUUUUUUUUUUUUUUUUCUUUUUCCCUCAACCAUUCUUCAUUUUUCUUUCUCCCUCUUUCCCACUAAGUGGAAAAACAACACCAGCGCCUAUUCUCAUUCACUGUGACUGGCUGACCUAAAGCUGCUUUGAGUAAACUGUGCUAUGCCUUCUUUCCCUAGUUUAAAGCAUCUCUGUUCAUUUUCCACUCCUCCUCUCCUUCCUCUACUCCUGUCUCUUGACAGUUUAUCAGUGAGGGCAGGUGCGAUUCUGGAAGUGUCCAGUCUUUUAAAGCCAUUCAGCAUGUGGCUGGAGGAAUCCGGUGUAUCUGAACCACUCAAUGUUACCUCAAGUCGAGUUGACGAGCUGUAAGCGGAGACUUCUUUUAAGCUUUCCAUGAGUGUAUAUAGAUCGAAUCUAGCGCCAGAGAGAUUGUCAAACACACCGACCCGAUCAACCCCGAUCAUAUCAAUUAUAUUUAAGCACAUUUGCACUGAAGCUUGGCACGUUGUUGCUUUUUUUUUUCUUUUUUUUUUUUUCCUUUUCCCCCCCAUACCCAAACUACAUUCUUUUUUUUUUUUUAAUUUUCAAUUUGUGUUAACUUUAAAAAAAUAAUAAUAAUAAUAAUAAGCUAAAGAUGAAAUAAUAGAAGCUAUCAAAGGUCAAUGAAUGUGGACCAGAGUUCGUCGUGUUGGAUCCAGUAUUAGGUGAACCAAGGACUCAUGGGAUUUAUUUGCUGACGCUCCCAGAGCAGCCAUUUAUCCAUUUAUUUAUAUAUAUAUAUAUAAUAUAAAAUGGAUAAUCGACUGUGCAUAUGUGUAUAUAUUUAUGGAUAUGUAUAUGUGUGUACAUAUAUCCAUAAAUAUCUCAAAAAAAGAAAUUGUGGAAAUUGUAUCAUAUUGUAUUUAUUUCAUUUAAUUUUUAAGAUUCUAUUUUUCUUUCCAUUUCUGUAUAUAUUAGCAUUAAAGCUCACAAAACAUGCA